UGGGGUGCGUAUGAUUUUAAUUGGUCUGGCUUUCUUCAAACCACAAUUAACGAUAUUCUUAAUGGCAGAAGAAAUCAGAGGCGGAGCCACAAAGUAUGCAGUAGUUACAGGGGCAAACAAAGGGAUUGGAUUCGAAAUAUGCAAGCAGCUUGCAUCUCAGGGAGUAGUUGUGGUUUUGACUGCUAGAAAUGAGAAGAGAGGGCUUGAAGCUGUAGAGAAGCUGAAAGGGUUAAUUGGCUUGGCUGAAAAUGUGGUGUUUCAGCAGCUUGAUGUUAUGAAUCCUUCCACUAUUGCUUCUUUAGCAGAAUUCGUUAAGACCCAAUUUGGCAGACUUGAUAUCUUGGUGAACAAUGCAGGAAUUGGUGGAGUCACUGCAGAUGCUGAUGCCCUAAGAGCUACACAAGAGUCCAGUGGGGCAGGAGGAUCUCAAAUCAACUGGAAUAACAUAUUGACUCAGACAUAUGAGUUAGCUGAGGAAUGUCUUGAAACAAACUACUACGGUGUGAAGAGAAUGACUGAGGCAUUUAUUCCACUGCUCCAAUUAUCUAACUCGCCGAGGAUUGUGAAUGUUUCUUCCUCUAUGGGAAGGCUAAAGAACUUGAAACAUGAAUGGGCUAAAGGAGUAUUAAGUGACAGUGAUAACCUCACAGAAGAGAAGAUAGAAGAGGUGAUAGCUCAAUAUCUAAAGGACUAUAAAGAAGAUUCCCUCCAAGCUAAGGGUUGGCCUUCUUUCAUGUCAGCCUAUAUACUCUCUAAAGCAGCCGUGAACGCUUACACGAGUAUCAUGGCAAAGAAGCAUCCGUCUAUCCAGAUCAAUUGCGUUUGCCCUGGUUUUGUGAAAACAGAUAUGAAUUACAAUCGUGGGCUAUUGUCAAUUGAAGAAGGUGCAGAGAGUCCUGUAAGGCUAGCUAUGCAACCGGCUGAUGGCCCUUCUGGUUUGUUCUUUGAUCGGAAAGCAGUUUCAUCUUUCGAAUGAAAGUAUGUGUAUGUUGUUCAUUGUAUCCGUGUAGCUAAUGAUAUACACUUUAGACUAGCAUGUAAUAAUAUUCAGUGAAAUGCAUUAAUUUAAGUAAUGUAUGUUGUAUGAAAUGCCAUUUCAUAUAUAUAGGCAGCUAUA